GAUCCUUGGACGAAUACCGAGGAAGACACCCGUAAUAUAGCAGGCUGGCCUCUACUAGUUGCCGUUUUGGACGAACAAGAUACACCUCCUAUAUUCACCAUCGCUCCCCCUACUACUACUCUCAGUCCCAGCCUCGUUCCUGGCGAUACUAUUUUGAGGGUUCAAGCUGAAGAUGGCGACAGAGGAAACCCAAGGGACAUCCGUUACGAAUUAGUACAGGAAGAAGAAAAUCCUUACCUCUCAUUUUUUGAUAUCGAUGAAAAUACAGGAGAACUACGAUUAGUUCGCCCUCUCACUGAUAUUCUAUCCAUUUCUCACACUGGACAACCCAUACUAAUCAACGUUACGGCCUCUGAAGUGCGAUCAAAUUCUGAUGAAGGACCGGCUCAAUUUUCUACUGUCCAAUUGGCACUGAUUCCUCCUGGAGUUACGGCUGAGCUACCCACAUUUGGUUCCAUCGAAUACAAUGUACUCCUGGACGAAAAUUCACCACCUGGAACUGAACUGGAUCUGCUUCAAGCAGAAGUCAAUGUUCAACCCGGUAAUGUUGUCAAGCUGGAAUUGGUGAACAAUAAUGGUACCUUCGAAAUCAGUCCUACAGUUAUGGAAAGCAGUUCCAAAUUUAGUAUAAGAGUCCAUGAUCCUAAACUUCUGGAUUACGAAUCAAGACAUUCAGUGGAAUGUUAUAUAGUUGCCAAAGGAGUAGGUGUAGCUAACUACAGUACUAGAGCCAAGCUGACAGUACUCCUCAAUGAUAUAAACGACAAUCCUCCAAAGUUCACACAAGAAGAAUACCACGCUAAUGUACAGGAACAUGCUAAUGUAGGCACCAACGUCCUAGUGGUUGAAGCCGUGGAUUCCGAUAGAGAACCUGGAAGCAAAAUCAAAUAUACUCGACUGACGGGAGAAGGAAGUGACCUAUUUGAGCUCAAUGUUGAUACUGGACUGGUAACCGUAGCAGAUUCUGAAAGACUCGAUGCAGACAUUGCCUCAACCAUUGUGUUAAAUGUAGAAGCCACUGAUGAAAAUGGCCAAGGUUUGACAGCUACGAGUACGAUCAUCAUCACCUUGAUUGACAUUAAUGAUAAUACUCCUCAGUUCGAAAAAAGCGUCUAUGAAUUCAUACUGAACAAAGAUAAAACUAAUUUCACAACCCCGGCAUUCAUCAAAGCAACAGACCGAGACAUCAGUCCUCCAAACAACGAGUUAAAUUAUGAGAUUAUCAACAACCCAAGUAAUUUGUAUCUUAAUCAAAAAAUAGGGGAGCUUCUAGUCACUAAGGCAUUGGAAAUCAAUGACGUGACUAUAUUUACAGGAAGGGUUUGGGAUGGAGGGGUUCCGAGGCUUUCCAGCGAGUGUGAAAUUCGAAUAUACCCUCCAGACGGGUGGGUAAGGAAAAUGAUUUUCAUUGUCUCUGGCAGAAAUCCUGAUAGAGCCGCAAUAUUAGAAACCUUGGAGACUCUGACAGGGGGGCGAGUAAAUAUCGAAAGGAUACGACCUUACACUGGAGAUGAACCUGGUGCUACUUAUGUUAAGCUGAGUGAAGAUAAUGGUGAUAGGAGUGUUGUAGAAGCAAGUGUCACAUUUUCAAAGGACUCAGUUGUUGACCUCAAUGAAAUAAAUAAGAUUAUAGUCAGUAAAAAUGAACAGAACCAGGUCAAAGAAAAGGAAAUUAUUAGAAUAAAGGAGAGCAGUAGUGGAAGUCUGUUAUGGCUUCUCAUAUUAUUCUUCAUCCUGUUGAUAAUAGCAGCUCUGGCACUCAUUCUGUGCUGCCUAUGUAGACAAUGUCCUUUGUAUCACUAUUUCUAUUAUAAGAAAAGAAAGGAAAGCCCAGUCAUCGAGAAAAUUGAAAAAAUUAAAAUAAUAGGUUCCGGGCAAGGAAGAGAAAGCAAAUCGGUACAAGUCGCAGAAUGGUUUGGUAGAAAGGAAGCGUGGUCUCCUGAACAGGUAGAUAAUGAAGCAGAAUCCCUCAGAAGGCACGAAAUGGAAAGGGGAUCGGACCGGGGAGCAGGAAAGCGAUCAUUGAACAGACAAAGCCAGGUUCAGGCGGAGCCUUUCAGAGAUCAAUUUUAUACAAGAGAAGGCAAUGCAGAUAUAUUGAGAUUGAUCACUAGAGGAGGAGAAUCACAGAUACCUGUGACUUUAGUUGCGGACCAAACAUAUAUGGCCGAUAGUGGCAAAGAUAUUCUGAUGCGUAGAUUUAUGGAGCACCAGCAAACUGAAGCUGCUAGAUCGCAGAUGAAUUUGCCAAAUUCCGUGAACAGACUUCAGACCGAACAUGAACUUUUGGAGGCUUCGCUAAGACAACAGAAUGCCCUACUUCGUCAAAUAUUGCUAGAGCGUGAGAGAGAUUUGAGGUUGGAAACACAAUCGUUGCCAGCUGGUACACAAACUGAUAAAAACGCUGGUACGCAGACAGAACCUGAAUACUUACGUCCACCUCGCAGGAAGGUUAGAUCGGACAAUGAUCAAAGUGAAGCCAGCGACGAAGAAGACGAAAUAGCUGCUAUCAAAGCGAGCACGAGACGAAGACAUCCACAGAAAAGUCAUAUCAGGAGAAAAAUCAAGACUCCAAUUCAGGAAGAAGUGGAGUUGGAAAUCACAGAGAGUCCCAAGAUUGAAAAGAAGGCAAAAUAUAAGCAAACAAAAACUAGUGAACUGAGGCAAAAAAGAGCUUCUAGCGAAACGAGAUCCUCACAGUCGAGAUCAUCAAAAUCUGGAUUGAGAAAAGAAGUUUUGGAAGAAAUAUCUGCUUCUUUGGAGCAAAGUGACGAGAGUGAGAGUGAAGAGCGUUACUACCAAAAGAGAGAUGUAUUUUCUGAUGAUAGUCUCGAGAUAAGCCCACGAUCUGAGAAGACCAGCUCCAACUCGACAAAGCAAAGAUACCACUCAGAGUCCGAUUUGAGACUGAUUUCCGCACAGAGUGACAAACGCCCUUUUCAAAGUAAGUCUAAAGCAAAACUGAAAUCUAGAAGCCAACUUGAUUUGAGUAAAGCCUCUAGUGAAAAGAAACAAAGUAAACCUGGCGGUAAAGUUCGCGGAUCCCGUUACAUGGAAUGGUAUAAUAAGAAACCAAUUGUAGAAAGGGUUACAACUAAAAAAUCAACAGGAACAAAAAAGAAAGAAAAACCCAACGAGAAAGAUGAUUCCAAAUCUACUGACGCUAAAUCAACUGGAGUCAAACCUGCUGUGAGUUCGAGGCUACUGAUGGAUACCGAGUCAAGUGCGCGUAAAAAAGUUGAAACCAAGAAGACUGCCCUCGGUCCCGAACAUCCAUUAGUACAACAUUCGGAACGAAGAUUCGAAGUUCAAUAUCCUCCAGUUCAGGAUCAGCAAGUAAGGAGGCCCGAGGAAGAUAAUGAUUCAGGAAUAGCAUUGACGCGACCUCCCAUGGCUCAAAAGAAGAGUGUGUUCACAAUAGCUUACGAUGACAUGCAUACUAACCAAUUACGAACUGAUAGUAUCACAUCUCCUUGAGAUGUGAUUCAUUAAUUACUUGCUGUUUGAAAAUAUAUGUUGUUUAAUCUUCAGGUUCAAACAAGAACGAAAAUCUUGAAAGAGACCGUCAGUGUAUCUCGUCGAAGGAGGAGAUUUAGACUUCCAUUGUUUAAUAUUGAUAAUUUAAUUUACUAUGGAUAAAUCUGAACCUUUAAUAUACAAGGUCCAAUUUGGAAAGGUCCAAUUUAAAAUAUGAGCCUAUUUUGUUGUAAGAAAUGUGUUUUUAAUAGACUCUAAAACCCGAUAGAAUAUGGAAUUUCAAAAUUUUAUCAUUACAUUUGAAAGCUAGUUUUCUAAUAUUAAAUGAUACAAGUUGAACUUCCUAACAACUUAUGAAUAAUAUAUCAGUUUGACCGAAUCAUUAUCCGGUUUAGUAGUACUGCUAAAAUCGAUAGUAGAAUAGAAACAGUACUAUGCAAUAGAUGAAAUUCGUGGUUAAUAGGAGAGUAUACAAUUAAUUUUCGAAGGCAUCUAAAAGUCUAGUAUCAAGCAGUUAAUGGCUCUUGGUUCUUAUGAAAUUUGACUUCGUCUCUUUAAAAAUCGAAGAUUUAUUGAGGCAUAUGUCUCUCUUUAUGUUUUAUAAAUUUUUUUUGAAGGAUGUUAAUGCCUUCAUCUACCCUAGGAGAAAAGUUACAAUGGGGAAUGCUCCUCAAUUUGGGUUAUUACAGCAAAUGUUUGAACAAAAUAAAGUUGAGUUUAAUUCAUGA